AUGGCUGGGCGUGGUGAAAAAAAUGUCGCCAUUGUGAUUGACACUGGAUCAGGAAGGACAAAAGCUGGUUUUUCCGACGACGAGGCACCCCGGACGACAUUUGCGUCACUCGUGGCACAUCCAACGACGAACUGGGGUCCAAAUGCCAAGAAGGUCGUUGGGCAACCUGCGGAAGGAAAGUGGGGCGUUUUGGAUGUCAAGCAGCCCAUUGAACGGGGGAUUGUUACCAAUUGGGAUGACAUCGAAACAUUAUGGCACCAUACUUUUUAUCGAGAACUCAAGACGACUCCCGAAUUUUAUCCCGUGUUCUUGACGGAGGUUCCCAUGAACCCCAAGGCCAAUCGGGAACGCAUUACGGAAAUGAUGUUUGAAACCUUCAAGGUACCGGCACUCUAUAUGAACACUACGGCGGCUCUGUCACUCUAUGCUCAUGGACGUACCACUGGAUGUGUCCUAGAAUGUGGAGAAGGUGUCACCCAUGUUGUUCCUGUGUACGAAGGAGUGGUGUUGGUGAACGCCAUUGUUAGGUUGGAUGUGGGCGGAAAGGUCCUGACAGACUAUUUGGAAAAGAUGAUUUCGGAUCAUGGUUAUACCUUGCAAGAUCAUGAAAUGCGUAAUGUGACGGGAAAGGGAUUAUCGCUAACCACGGAAGUCGUCCACCUACAAGUGCGGGGUAUUAUGGAAAAGCUGUGUUAUGUGGCACUGGAUUUCAACAAGGAAAGCAUCAAGGUGGUCGAAGAUUCUCACAACCUGGAAAAGAAACAUACACUAUCAAAUGGGGAUACUGUCGUUAUUGGCAACGAACGAUUCUUUUUACCAGAAGCUCUCUUCCAACCCGAGCUGGCGGAUCUGGAAGAGGAGAGUGUGGUCGAUGCUACCUUUGGAGCCAUUAUGAAGUGUGACGAAUACAUGCACGAGGAGAUGCUGUCCAAUAUUGUUUUGUCGGGUGGCUGUACCAAAUUCCCUGGUUUCAAGGAGCGACUCACAAAAGAAAUGGCGGCUCUGGCUCCCAACACGUUGGAAGUCAAUGUGUUGGCAAUGGCGGAACCUCAAAACACCCCAUGGGUGGGCGCAUCUGUGGUGGCGUCUCUAGACGAAUUUCAAAACAUGUGGAUCUCGAAGGAAGAAUUUUACAAAAAGGGUCCUUCGAUUGUCCAUAGCAAAUGCUUUUGA